AUGAGGGUUGAGACAUGUUAUUUCUGCUCGCGGCCUUGUUACCCCAGUAAAGGCAUAACCUUCGUUCGUAACGAUGCACGACUUUUCCGAUUUUGCAGGAGCAAAUGCCAUAAGAACUUCAAAAUGAAGCGCAACCCCCGCAAACUAGCCUGGACAAAAGCCUUCCGCAAAGCCUCUGGCAAAGAAAUGGUAGUCGACGGUGCUCUCGCGCUCUCGGCGCGCCGCAACGUGCCUGUGCGAUACGAUCCAGCGCUGUGGGCCAAGACCAAGGAGGCGAUUGAGCGGCAGACGGAGAUCCGGAAUAAGAGGGAGCGCGUGCAUUACAAGAACCGCAUGAAGAGCAAUACGGAGAGGCAGCGCGCCAUUGACCGGAAGCUGGUGGCCGAGAAUGAACACCUGCUGCCGAAGAUGAGGGGUAGUGAGCGCAAGAGGCUGGAGGAGGCUGGGGAGGUGGUGGAUGAGAGCGAGGUGUUGGUGGAGGAGAAGGCGAAGUUGUUUGGGAAGAUGAAGGAGAGGAGACGGGUGUUGGUUGAUGCGGGAGAGGAUGGGGAGGAGAUGGAUAUGGAUUGA